AUGGCAAAACCCGGACCGAAAGGCCCACGCGCUGAGACCUACACACAGAUCAAUAAGCGCCUGCAGAGCCUGCGAGAGCGAGCUGGCCGUUGUGCAACAGAAAUCGCAUCACCCGCCAAUGUAAGAGCAGGAUUGGCAGAGGUGACCGACUCAUCCAGGGUGACACUAGCUUAUGAUGUCGCCAUUACCGAACAGAUGCCGCUACUGACUGAUGGAUGGCCAUCGCACCUGCCCCUGGCAGGUGUCUUGGCUCACUUGCAAACCUACGAGCAGAGGAUGUAUCCCGUCUGGCCUGUGGUUGACACUGCCCGCCUUCGCAAUUCCCUCAUACUGGACGUGAACAAUCUUGAAUUACGCGCUUUAGCCUUUGCGGUAUGCGCAGCGACCUGCGCUCAGUUGCAGUGUCACUCGGACAAUCAUGCGCCGCAAGGAAGUGCGGAGGGAAAGUGUGCUAUGGCGGAUGACUUUGCGAAAGAAUCAGAUCAUUGCCGCACGAUGUAUGAUUACCGGGAAAGUGGCACUUUUGAGGCAGUACUGGUGCCGCUGUUCCUUCACUUUUACUACGGUGCGAAGAAAAAGAUCCCGACCGCUUCGCUCUUGCUCCGAGAGUCUGUGACAUCGUGUCAGCUUCAGGGAUUGGAUAAGGAAGAUACCUAUCAAGAUGUAGCCCCGGAAGAUGAGCGGUAUAGGCGAAGGGCGUUCUGGCUCCUCUAUGUGACCGAAAGGGGUCACGCAAUUCAGCAUGGAAUUAAUACCUGUCUACGAGACUCCAUACGGCCACCAACGCGCGAUUGUUCGGACGAACUCCCCCUUGUUGAAGCCUUUGACCGUUUGGUGGGUCUAUUUAUUGCGGUGGAAGGUGUGCUUCUCGAUCGCGGUGGCUCCAGUACUAUCAUGUGCAGUAAGGAGACGCUCUGUCGGCUACAGAGUCAACUCCGCCAGCGCCUCCAGUGCCUACGGCAUACCAUGCAUUACAGAGAACAGAUAUUGCUAUUACCCAACAGUGGCUACGCAUACUACUUUGGCAGCUGUCUUUAA